AUGGACGACCCCGCGCACCGGCGAAUCGAGCUCCAGUCACCUGAAGACCUGACCUAUCUUAUUGAUAAUGUGCGCAAGGCCGCGGCCGAUAGUAUCAACGCGGCAUUCCCGCCCGUUGAUAAUCCCUUGGAUGGGCAGGAAGACGAGUUACGCAACCACAUCGAGCAGCUGGUGAACGAUUAUAUCUUCCGAACGUUCACCAUCGCCUCCCCUUCCCUCUCGAUCAACGGUCUUCCCAUUACCGACCCCACCACCUUCCUCUCCUCGCUAUCCCGGCAGGAAGGCGAACAAUACCUCUCCGCCGAAGGGCAACCGCAAGUCCGGUAUGAAUACGAACCUUUCGACGGGCGCAAACGUGACCGCAUGGAGCAGUUGAUUUCUGAGGAGGAAGACCUGCUUCGAGCGAUUGCGACGCUCAAGCGGCGGGCACCAGCCGCUGCAGCCGGGCGGUGGGCUCAGGCCACCGAGACACAGCUGGCAACGGACGACGCGGCAUUAGAGGCUGCCCGGCAGCGGGCAGUAGAAGAGGGAGCAGAGGGGGGCGCCAAAACGCUUGAGGGUAUGGGGCCGCUCGAGAGGCAGGAGGGCGUAGAAGAGCGGUUUAGUCAGGCAGUGGCUGGGUUGGGGCGGCUAAAGAGGGAUAUGCCCGCGACAGUAGCCAAGAUGGAGAGGGCACGGGUCGCGGGGGAAUAUGUGACGCGCGAUCAUGAUGGGGGUGGGGAUAAAUUAUGA